AUGUCAAAACUGAAGGUUAAGGUUAUAUCUCGGAACCCAGAUGACUUCCAACGUGAAACAUCAAAUGACAUUUACAAAGGUACGUUAUUAUAUUGGUUUAUUUUAUUAUUUAGCUCCGAGAAACUUCAACGCGGCAGAAGAUCCAUUCAGACAUCUCACAGAAUACACUAGGGCUCUCAAUGCUGCUAAAUUAGACAGAGUUUUUGCCAAACCGUUUUUGUGUGCUUUGGAUGGUCAUUCUGAAGGUGUACAUAUAUUGGCCAAACAUCCUACUCGAUUGUCUACAGUCUUGAGUGGAGCUCGUGAUGGACAAGUUAAAAUCUGGCAUUUGACUUCUAAGAAAUGUUUGAGCACAAUACAAGCACACACUGGGCCUAUAAAUGGUCUUUCAGUCGAUAAAGACAAUGGAGAAACUUAUGUUACAGUAGGCCAAGAUGCUCAGCUCAAGUUAUGGGGAUUGCCUGAAGUGAUAAGUGGAGACCUGAGUGAACCUCUACAUUCGAUUCCCUUGACAGAUGUGCCUCAAGCAAUUAGUCACAUAGCCAAUUCUUCUGACUUUGCGACUUCUGGAGACGGCAUCUGUGUUUGGAAGUUGUAUCGUGAUUCACCGAUCAGAAAGUACGAUAUGGGACACAACAGCAUUCACAGCGUAUCUUGUAACCCGAUUGAGGAAAGUGUGUUGGCAGGAUGUUCAUCCGAUAGGUCAAUCUUCUUAUUGGACAGCAGACAAAAGGUACCCUUGACGAGAGUUGUUCUGAAGCUACGAACUAACAAGUUGGCAUGGCAUCCAUUGGAACCCUACUCCUUCUUGGCUGCCAACGAAGAUUACAAGUAAGUAUUUUAUUUGUAGUCUUAGUUUUAGGAUAUAAUAUUACGAUUUAUGUACAUUAUUAAUUUUAGUGUAUAUGCAUUUGACAUGAGAUAUCUGGAUUCUGCUCGAAUGGUGCAUCAAGGAGCGACAUUGGCAGUGACAGACGUUGACUACAGUCCUACAGGUCAAGAAUUCGUUGCCGGAAGUUAUGAUUGUUCUCUGAGGAUGUUUAAUGUCGACAGAGUAAAAAGUCGGUAAGUAAAUGAUACAGUCAUGUACGUUGAGAUGUAUUAUUUGAAACUUAUUUUACGUUUUUAGGGAGGUAUAUCAUGCUCCUCGAAUGCAACAUGUUGUUUCCGUAUUAUGGUCUUUGGAUAAUAAGUAUGUGUUAUCUGGCAGUGACGAGUUUAAUAUACGUUUGUGGAAGGCGUACGCUUCAGAAAAACUAGGACCUGUAAGUUCCCCUUGCUUUAUUUUAUGUUAAUCUGGUGUCAUAAUACUACGCUUUUUUAUGACUCUUUUAUAACACAUUAAUUUGUACUAUUUUAGCUACGACCUCGUGAAAAGGCUGCGAUGGAGUACAACGAAAAAUUGAAAGAGUCGUAUCAACACCAUCCAGCUGUUGGUCGUAUCCUUAAACAUAGACAACUACCGAAACCUUUGUACGCUGCUACUAGAGAGAUCAGAGAUAUCAAGGAUUCGAUGCGAAGAAAGAAGUUCAACAGGAUAUACAAGAGUAAAUCUGGAGAAGAAGACGUCUCCAACAAGGUCGAUUCCAUCAUCAAGGUCGGGCUGGAUCAAGCUUGA